AUGUCAAUAUCUCAGUUACCGCCAUCUUCGGCCCAUAGCCUGAGAUCUUCGCAUCAGCUUCCUGAUCCUCUUGCGGUUGUCAAAGAGCUCGUCGACAACAGCAUCGACUCGGGUGCCACUUCCAUCGAGAUCACAGUUGCGCCCAACACUGUCGACAAGAUACAAGUCCGAGACAAUGGCCGCGGAAUACAGAUUGAGGACUUCCAGUUUCUAGGAUGCCGGUCUCAUACAAGCAAGAUUCGAAACUUUGACGAACUUCAUCAAAACGGCGGCAAAACACUAGGCUUUCGUGGCGAGGCUCUCGCCAGUGCUACUGAAACGGCUACAAUCAAGAUCACAACUCGAACUGCUCAAGAUCCAAUUGCAUCACUUCUAAUAUUGAAAGCAAAGACGGGCGGUGUCAGCAAGAAGCAGCCAGUAUCUGGCACCAUCGGAACCACUGUCCAAGUUAUAAACUUAUUUGACAAAUUCACUGUCCGCAGGCAGAAUGCUAUCAAGGCGAGCCGAAGAUCUCUGAUUGAGAUCCAACGUCUCCUGGAAAGCUAUGUGAUAGCAAUUUCCUAUCUUAAGAUCUCAUUCAAAGUGUCGAGUCCUUCGACCCAGUUAUGGUCUUAUUCUCCUUGCCCACCAUCGAACACGCAAGAGGCAAUCACUCAAAUUUUUGGCCACACUCUUGCUGCUCAGCUUGUCGCGGUGUCGUCUGACUCGAGCGCUGAAAGUGGCUCAACAGAGGUGCAACCAGGAACUUUGAGGAUUACGGCACUUCUACCACGACCGGACAGCGAUGUCCAAGUCAUAAAGGGCAAGGGGGCUUUCAUCUCGGUUGACUCGCGGCCUAUUUCAUCUACCAGGAGCACCGGGAAAAAGCUGGUGUCUAUCUUCAAGUCGAGCAUCUCUAAGAUCCUUGGCUCGCCCGACAGUUCACGAACGCCUGCAAACCCCUUUCUACAAAUCAGCAUCCAAUGUCCACCGGGUUCAUACGACCCCAAUGUGUCGCAGCUGAAGGAUGAGGUGAUAUUUAACAACGAACCAGCCGUCAUCAGUUGUUUUCAAUCUCUCUGCGAUGCCAUAUACGUUGAGAAGGUCCCGGGCAACAAAGGAAUGCAAAACAAAAACAUGCCAGCAGAGAAUACCCUUGCACAUGCGGCCGGAGCUUCGAAAGCCCCAAAAGCAAACAGGGGCGAGGGAAGAGUUCAGAGCAAGCUUGGGCACGAAACCUUAGCAUCCGACCAAGAUCUUAUUGAACCCCUUAAUGACGAGUUCGAAAGGCUGCUCGUUGGAAAUUGUGGCGCGUUUGGGGACGGCAAGAGCAUUAUUCCUAGCGCUUUCGCCCGCUCUCCUUCACCAAGCAAAACACAACACCAAAUUAAUAAUGUGAUCAGCGACACUAAUCAAAGCGAAAGAAUACAGCAGAUGAUGAGGACAAAAUUAUGUAUCAACCUUUCACGGAGGGACAGUGAUUCCACCGACGUUGAUGGCACAGAUGGGCUGGUUCCUGUGCAGGUAAUACCUCGUCGGGCAGCCUCUCCACCUAAAGAGCAACUGCAGUCUCAUUCUCGGCGUAGGACGUUGACACUGGGCCGUCGCUCUGAGGAUUUCGGUUCUUAUUUUCGCCCUCUGCGAGACAAGCCGAUUGUAAUCGCAACAGACGACACCGCCACGCCCGAGAUCACUCAACUUGGGGACAGUUUGGCAAGCCCUUCUGAGACUAAUCGUCAUCCAUUGAAGGAACUGACGCAGUCAGAGAUCAACACGUUUCAAGAAGAGGAAGAAGAGGAAGAAUUUAGCGACAGUGAAUCACUGGCAGAGCUCCCUCCUACCGAGCCAGCCCUUGGCCCAUCUCCUCGCACAUCUCCACGCCGUAUGGCCCCUCCUCGUAUGCCGAACAGCCCCUUCCGACCACUCACAAGGCCGCGACAAUCCUCCAAUAUUAACACAGGGCUGGAAUUGCUGUCAAAUCUACAAACUCCUCCACCUUCGAACCCCAGGCGUAUCGACAACUUAACUCGUCGUGAUUCGCGUCGUAACUCAGCCAACAUCUUGACCCGAAACCAACGGCCUUCCCAAAGCAGCAUGACACCGUCAACAAACAGGACAGGCGACGAAGGAUCGAGGCAAAGUCGCAUUCUUGCGGGAAGUGGGCCAAAUGCAUCCUACAACAGACGUCGAUCUGAACAGGUUGGGCGUGGAAACGGAUUGGCCGGUCGCAGAAAUGCCCCGACCAGUCGCAACAGCUCAGACGCACAUCUGAAGGACUGGUUACACAACGUUAACGCAAAUUCCGAAGACCAGGAAGCCUAUGUAGAGCCUGGGCUGUCUGGCAAGGAGACACAGAGUCAAUCACCUCCUGAUGGGGCCAGUGAACAACAGAACGUCCACUGGUCCCAUUCCAUACAAGCGUUGUUGAUGAGAACGCCGCCGCCACGAGAAGAGAAAUUCGACAAUGAGACUCAAAAUGAGCAUUACCAAGUGCUGGACCAUAGUCAAGAUUCAUACAAUGGAGAGGUCAAUCCGAGGCCAGCCAAACGGCAACGACAUGACUCAGACAACGCAACUUCAGCGAACGAAGAGCCAGACCCUAGGCACCUUCUCAUCAAAAGACAACGCAUCCGUACAGGAGGAGGACAGCUGAAACGUGUUGCGUCGAAGAAGCUCCCACUUGAGACGAUUCCUCAAGUCGAUCUCACAGUGAAUCUGUCCACCAAGGCCAGGAUUCAAAUGAGCGAGCUCAUACAUGCGACUCUGGAAUUUAUGAAGUCAGACCGAGCAGCUGAGCAGUAUUCUGCCAUACGGUUCGACGACAUGGCGGAAGUGAACAAAUUGGAGGAGCUGUUGAGGCAUGCCACGGAAUCAUGGUUGAGCGGGGAUUCAUCAAUUGUGGUGGAGUACAUGCUGCGGUCUGGAGCGAAGGGCAAAUCGAAAGCGUAA